GUGUUUGUGCCUGAAACAUGUUCAACUGCAGAAGCAUCCUGAAGGUCCUACAGGUCCUGAAAUCGAUCAUUGUUUGUUUGUUAGAGAAGUUAAUCCUCUCAAUAAUUCCUCGACGCAAAAAAUCUUUCAUUGGGGAAACUGUGCUCAUUACUGGCUCUGCAAAUGGAAUUGGAAGGCAGAUUGUCCUCAAAUUUGCUCCAACGGCAGCAAUCUUGGUUCUUUGGGACAUUGACGAUGAAGGCAACAAAGAGACAAGCAAAUUAGCCCAACAACUUGGAGCUAAGAGAGUGUUUACCUACCACUGUGACUGCAGCAAUAAGGAGGAGGUCUAUAAACAGGCAGACAAGGUUAGAGAAGAUGUUGGAGAUGUUACUAUUCUAAUCAAUAAUGCUGGCAUAGCAAUUGGGAAGAAGUUCCUUGAGCUUUCAGAUGCAGAAUUUGAAAAAACUAUGAGAGUCAACUUCCUCUCUCAAGUCUGGACUUGCAAGACCUUUCUUCCAGCCAUGAUGACCCUAAACCAUGGACACUUGGUCACCACAGACAGCACAGCAGCACUGAUGGGAUUCCCCAGAUUUUCAGAUUAUUCCGCAAGUAAAUAUGCAAUCAUGGGAAUGAUGGAAGCCAUAGACUGGGAAGUGUCUCGUGCAGGAAAAGAUGGCAUUAAAACCACAAUUGUUUGCCCUUAUUUUGUACACACAGCAUUAGCUAGAGGUUUUGAAAGCAAGUGCCCUCUUCUCCUUCCUGUCUAUGAACCAGACUAUGUGGCUUCCACAAUCAUGGAUGCAAUCCAAAAGGACAAGUUUUAUGUAGUGAUGCCUCCAACUCUACGCUUUUUGGGUAUCAAAAUGUUAAUUCCUAGGAAAAUAACACUGCUCUUGCUGUCUUGUCUGAAGAUAGCAGACAGCAUAGAUGAAGCCUAUGGUCGGAAGAAAAAGGAUGAACCCUCAAAGUUAUGAAGACCUCAAGUGCCACCUGCUUGAAAAUUAGCAGUAAAAAAUGAUCUUGGAUCAUGUUUAUUCUUUGACCAAAAGAAAACAAAAACCAACCCAAACUUUUGCUUCUUUUAUGCUAUUUGACGUUACUUAGCCUGCAAUUUAAUUCUUCUUCUCUUUUAAUCGUUGGGGGUUUAGCUAUAAUUCUCCCUCUCAUUACAUGACUGCAUUUUGCUUUUA